AUGGACUUCUCCACGCAGGACGACUUUGACUCCCACGCGGACGACUUUGCCUCCAUGGCCAACUUCACCCCCCUCGAAACCAUGUUCGGACUCGCAUCCCAACAUCUAAACCAUCAGGAUAUGGUGCCCUCGCAAGAGCACUCCGUAUACAACAUGGCACCGCACCAGGCGCACCUCUAUCAGCCUCACGGUAUCUCUGCGCAACAUAUGACUGCGGAGCAGCUCACGCCUCAACUUCCGUCACCAGGCCACCAGACGCUAUCCUCACAAUCACAACGGCAACAGCGACGAGACUCGUCUCAGUCCGAUCCGACCUCGACACAGCAAUCCCCUCCGGCUCCCCAGGCCGGCGGCCCUUCGCCGCAACCCGACAUCACCGAGACAUUUUAUGGAUUUGUCAAGAACACGAAGGACGCUCUCCACCUCAUCGAGGCAUGUCUGCGCGGCAAGCUCCAUCACGUGGCGCGCCGGCCCCAUGACAAGGAGCGCGAGUUUCUCAUCCGCAGCGGCAGCAUCUUCGUCUACGAGGAGCACUCUGCUGGCAUCAAGCGGUGGACCGACGGGAUGAACUGGAGCCCGAGCAGGAUACUGCAGAACUUCCUCGUCUACCGCGAGCUGGACAAGCCGUUCCCUCCCGGAGAGAAGAAGAAGGCCAAGAAGACGACCAAGAAGAACAGUGCUGCGGGGCAGCACGGGGCGCUUAUGGAUGAGGUGCGCAACUUGAUGACACCCACGGACGACUCGGGAGCCAGCACGGAGGUGCUCCGCGAGUAUGUCGGCUCGCUCGUCGACUCGUACGACUUUAAGCCUCGCGGCCUCGUCAAGAAGACGAUCAGCGUCCAGUUCAACGGCGUCCACCACCACCUCGUCUCAUACUACAGCCUGGACGACGUGCUCAAGGGAAACCUCAAGAGGGUGGUUGACGACCCCAAGAUACUCGAGUGCUACCCUCGUCCGGAGCUGAUCGACGGCCAAAACUACCGCAACCCUGUGGGCGACGAGUUGAAUGAGGGAUUCACUUUCCCCAGCUUGACCAAUAUGCCGAGGAUGGUGCUGCACAUGCCCGGCUCACAGAUGCCCAACUCGCAAAUGCCCAUCUCGUACAACGGGCCGACGGGCAGCUAUCUACCGUCGCCGCCGCAUUUUAUUCCAGGAUAUCACAAUGAGAUGGAUAUGCACAGCACCCAGCACCAGCUGGCCAUGGUAUCGCCUGCCCAUAACACUGGCCAACUGCUGGGACAGGAAAUGGGAUAUCCGGGCACCGCCGUCUAUGCCGACAACGGCUGGUCAUCGCAGUAUUAG